CUCCAUCUCUCUGGUGAGUGCACACACCCUACGGCCAAAGGAAAACACACCACCCACUGUAGGCUCCCACCACAAAGUGCCCGUGUGGCUAACAAGACAUGCACCGAGUCUGUUAACUGGAAAGCAUUCAUGAAAAAGGCUCUUUUGAAAACCCAAGUAAAUAGAGAGACACAUUUUGUGAUGCCACUUCUGCCCAGGGACCAUAGGUUUGAUGCAAUAGCAACAGAAAAGGACCAUAUUUUUAUAUUUUGGUUGAUACAGAGAGGCUGAUUGUGACAUUUAUAUGGAUGGGCAGAGGGGCUAGAAUAGCUAAGGACAGUUUUGAAACGGAGGAGUGACUCAGAGGACUCUGCACUGUGCAGUUCUGAGGUUGGACAUGUGACCACAGUGAUCAGGACAGAGCAGGGACGAGAGAGCAGUCUGCAGAGAGACCGGCAGCAACCUGGCUGAUGAUCUUUUUAAAAAUCUGUUAUUAUUCUUCGACCACAGAGUGAGGGAAAGUGAGAAAGCGAGCCGCCUGGUUCAAGAGUUGAAUCACCAUUAACCACGUGAGUCCAGGACCUUAACCACCGCGCCACCUGCUGGCCACCCUCAUGCAGAGGAAAUGCCCCUCGCCUAAACCUUGCAUCCUGUACAGUAGCCUGGACGCCGGCCCGGCGGAUCUGCAGGCCUGGAAGAGGUGAUUUCGCCACCGCUUCCCGCCUGCUGCUCAGCAGCCCUGGCCGGGCCUGAGCCUGGAGUCUGCGGAAGGGGACUGGGCAAAGUCCGCACCAGGAGAGGUGGGGUUCGCCUAAGGGAGACCAUCCCCCUAGGGCGCCGCCCUCACUCAGCACCCCUCUCCUGGGGGCGUGGCAUGGCUCCUGGCCAUCGACAAGCCCCGCCCUGGGCUGUCUGGCGGACUCAGGUCCAGCUGGGCGGGGUCUGGCUGGGGUGGGGAGGCCGAGCAGGAGCCGGAGGGCAGAGCGGCAGCGAAGUGCUUCCUCCUAGCUUGUCUCGAAGGUCUGCCAGCCCAGCCCCACAGGUGCCAGCAACCCCACCAUGAGGCUGUCCCGCAAGGAGCAGGUCUUCAUGGCCCUGCUGGGGGCAGCAGCAGCCUCGGGCCUCUCAGUGCUCAUUCUCAUCCUGGUGGAGGCCACCAACGUCCUCCUGCCCGCAGACACCAAGUUCGGGAUCGUGUUUGAUGCGGGCUCCUCCCACACGGCCCUGUUCGUGUACCGGUGGCCGGCAGACAAGCAGAACAACACUGGUGUGGUCAGCCAGGCCCUGGCCUGCCGGGUGGAAGGGCCUGGAAUCUCCUCCUACACCUCCGAGCCUGCACAGGCCGGAGAGAGCCUGCAGGCCUGCCUGGGGGAGGCACUGGCCCUGAUCCCCCAGGCUCAGCACAGAGAAACGCCCAUGUUCCUGGGGGCCACCGCAGGGAUGAGGCUGCUCAGCCGGAAGAACAGCUCUCAGGCGAGGGACAUCUUUGCCGCAGUCAGCCGCACCCUCAGCCAGUCUCCUGUGGACUUCCAGGGCGCUGAGCUCCUGGCCGGCCGGGACGAAGGUGCCUUUGGCUGGAUCACCAUCAACUACUUGCUGGGGAGGCUGGUCCAGUACUCCUUCUCUGGGGAGUGGAUCCGGCCCCCGGAGGGCGUGCUGGCGGGCGCCCUGGACCUGGGAGGGGCCUCCACCCAGAUUGCCUUCACACCAGAGGGCCCCAUCCUGGACGAGAGCACCCAGGCCUCCUUCCGCCUCUACGGCUACUCCCACAGCAUCUACACCCAUAGCCACCUCUGCUUUGGACGUGACCAGAUGCUGGCCAGACUCCUGGCUGGGCUGGUGCAGAGCAGCCCAGCGGCCCUCCUGCGCCACCCGUGCCACCACAGUGGCUACCGGACCACAUUGUCCCUGGCCGCCCUGUAUGAGUCACCCUGUGUCCAAACCACGGCCCCCCGGAACCUCACCCAGGAGCUCACGAUUGAGGGCACAGGCAACCCUGGGGCCUGCGUCUCAGCGAUCCGGCAGCUCUUCAACUUCUCCAGCUGCCGGGGCCGUGAAGAAUGCGCCUUCAAUGGGGUCUACCAACCCCCCGUGCAGGGCCAGUUCUAUGCCUUCUCCAACUUCUACUACACGUUCCACUUCCUGAACUUGACCUCCGGACAGCCGCUGGGCACCAUCAAUGCCACCAUCUGGGAGUUCUGCCAGAGGCCCUGGAAGCUGGUUCAGGCCAGCUACCCGGGGCAGCAGCGCUGGCUGCCGGACUACUGCGCCUCUGGCCUGUACAUCCUCACGCUCCUGCAUGAGGGCUACGGUUUCAGCGAGGCGACCUGGGCCAGCAUCGAGUUCCGUAAGCAGGCUGGCGGGGGUGACAUCGGCUGGACGCUGGGCUACAUGCUGAACCUGACGGGCAUGGUCCCCGCCAGGGCGCCGGCCGAGGGGCGGGCCCAGAGCCUCCUCGUCUGGGUGGCCGGAGUGGCGCUGGUGGCACUGAUGCUCGUGACCAUCCUCGGGGCGGCAGGGGUCCAGCUUUUCUGGCCCCGGAAAGCAGGCAGAAGCGGACUCGGUUCUGGGAGCCGACCUGACCCUGCAGGGCCUUGACCCGCGGCCCCGGGAAGGCAGGCAGAGGUGCUGCCCCAGACACCUGGGCCCCACACGGCCUCUGCAUCUCAGACCACGGAGACCGUCCAGAUUCCCCAGGCCAGCAGCUGGCACCAGGCCCUGCGUGCUCCAGGGUGGUGACUGCAGGGCACCAGGGAGAAGCCUGGCUCCCUGGAGGAGCAGCCGUGGGACCGGAGUCUUGGGAAGAGACUGAGGAGGCCCAGCUCCCCCACUGCUGUCUGGUGGAAGGACGGAGUCUGGUGCUGUGGGCUUCCCCAGGGAGGUCCUGCUCAGAAGCAGAGCACGCCGUGCUGGGGACCGUUUCCAUUAAACCCUGCUGGCUGUAGGA